CUCAAGCGACAACCGGGGCUAUGUACACCCCUCGGUUGCCUCCCUGCUAUUUCUCGGAAGUUGCGCAAGGGCUACGAAGCAAUAGAGGCGAGAGAGGGAGGAAGCGCGAGAGGGAAAGAGAAAGAGGAAGAGGCCGUGUUUCGCGUGAGGUUGUAAAAGUCGCUCCUUUCCUAUUUUUUAUAAUUUAGUAUUCUCGAUUAAAAAAGUCUAUUUUUCAACAAACGAUGGGAGAAAGUAUAGGGUUUUGAUUGCUGGAAGGUGGCAAAUAUUGCCGGAAAAUAGACCUUUUGAUCGGGAUGGAGAGGAGGAGGAUAUGGAUGAGCUCCUUGUUGGUUGUGCUGGUUGUUCUCUCCUUCGAGAUACUUGCCCUCUGCGAUUCUUUUGAAGAAGAAGGGAGGGCUCUGUUGAGAUUUAGAGAAGGGGUGACGUUCGAUCCAUAUGGAGCUCUUUCGAACUGGGGAAAACAAGGUGUUGAUCACUGUUUCUGGCAUGGCGUAGUUUGCUCUGAAGAUGGGAGAGUUGUGUCUCUGAAUUUGAGAGAUCUUUGUCUUGAAGGAAGCUUCACAUUAGAGUUCAGAAAACUCAUUUAUUUGAAGUUACUUGACCUACACAACAAUUCAUUUUUUGGAACUAUACCUGGAGAAAUAACUGAAUUGAGGGAGCUGGAGGUGUUGGACUUGGGGCAAAAUAAUUUCAGCGGACUAUUUCCAUUUAAGCUUCUCGCUCUUACUUCCCUAAAAGUACUUGUUCUUGGAAAUAACGGUUUCGAUAUCCCAUCAGAACUUCAUGAACUCGAUAUACUUUCUGAGUUUCAGGUUGAUGAAGAUAUGCUAUGUUCCAAUAGGGGAUCUCUUAUGAGGAACUUUGAAAGUGAAACUAUAAGAAGACUUCUGCAAGACAAUAUUACACAAAAAAGCAAACAUCCUCUGCGUGAAAGGCGCCGUCAUACUGGAGAUGUGGAAACUGCUCCAUCGCCAUCUCCGAUCCAGCCUCCGUCACCGUCUCCUCUUUCAGUGUCAAUAUCCCAAUUUCCAUUAAUAUCUCAUGGUGCUCAAUCUCAUACACCUAUUGGUCCUCCAUCUCCUGCUCCAUCACCAGACAAAUCCCAAUCAUCAUCAGCUCCAGCACCAAGUCAAUCUUUUCAUAGAUUGGCACAGCCUUCUAAGUCUGAAUCGGUACCAGAAAAAGCUAAUGAGAAACAGAAGAAGUCCCACUGGGUGAUCUAUGUAUCAGUUGGAACUGGAGUAUUAUUGCUUGUUGCUGCAUUUUCAAUAUACUUUCUAUGCUGUCGAACAAACAAAGUUGUAUCUGUGAUGCCUUGGAAAACCGGUUUAAGUGGACAAUUGCAGAAAGCAUUAGUUACAGGUAUACCGUCGCUUAAUCGAUCCGAACUUGAAACAGCUUGUGAAGAUUUCAGCAAUAUCGUUGAGACUUUAUCAGGUUGCUCAGUUUACAAAGGGACACUAUCAAGCGGAGUUGAAAUAGCAGUUACUUUAAGUUUGAUCAAGUCAGCAAAAGAUUGGUCUGAUCAAUCUGAGCUCCUGUUCAGGGAAAAGAUCUCAGUCCUGUCCAAAGUGAACCACAAGAACUUUAUGAAUCUCAUCGGAUAUUGCGAGCAACAAGAACCUUUCACUCGAAUGAUGGUUUUUGAAUAUGCUCCAAAUGGAACACUUUUUGAGCAUCUACAUAUAAAAGAAGCAGAACCUUUGGACUGGACUGCUCGAUUACGUGUCGCCAUGGGAAUCGCAUAUUGCCUGGAGCACAUGCACAAGCUUGACCCUCCUAUAAUUCUCAGGAACCUAAAUUCAUCCAUUGUCUACUUAACCGAAGACUAUGCCGCCAAAAUCGCCGAUCUUUCGUUCUGGAACGAAGAAAAGGAAACCGACUUAUCGUACGAAGUUCCAGACGACAUAGAGCCGCCAUUAUCAAAUCAGGAAGACAUUGUGUACAAGUUUGGAAUAAUGCUCUUGGAGCUAAUAUCCGGAAGGCUACCAUUUUCAAAAGAUGAUGGCCUGCUUGUUCUGUGGGCAUCAUCAUACUUAACUGGAAAGAGGCCACUUAAUGGUAUUGUUGAUUUAACACUUAAAGAAUCAGUAAGAGAGGAAGAUAUAACUGCAUUUUGUGAUAUUAUCCGCUCCUGCAUAAAUCAUGUACCAAAGGAGCGAGCAACAAUGGCUGAUGUGGUUGCCCAGUUGAGGCAAAUGACUUCAAUGACACCUGAUGCAGCUUCUCCGAAAUUAUCUCCUCUUUGGUGGGCAGAGCUUGAGAUCAUUUCCAGUGAGUCUAAUUGAUUUGAAUUUGGCUGAAAUUGUGAAUAGAAACCAUUUUCUUUUUGUUUUGAUUUGUUAAUGCAUGAUUUAUUUUGAUAUUUUGUAUUUAAAUUCUUAUGAUUUGUGGGAAUGAAAAGAGAUUGUACAGAGUACUCGGUGCGCAGGCU